CCCAGUGUACAUGUCUCUGUCCCAAAAAACCAUGUCGCGCUUUGGUAUUCUAUUGGUUUUGGUAUACUUAUUGAGUUGUUCAUAUGGGCGACCGCAAGAUAAUGGGCGAGCUCAAGUGAAAACAAAUUCCCACACACGAAAGAACCCUGGUUUUCAAGUCGGAAAAGUUGUCACUGCGGGUGGAGCUGCAGAGAUUUUCCUUAGGAAUCUUUACCAGAACCAUUUCUAUGACGAUGGGCAGGUUAAAACGAGUAAUUCUACAGUUUCAGAAAUCAUCCACUCUGUUCAGGGAAAUGUUGAUGCCGCUUGCAAACUUUUCUGUUUCGACGUGAAGGGGAUUGAUCCUAAAGAACACAUCGAAAAGGCCGAAAUCAGGAUAAAGUUCUCUCACAUCGCGGGAAAGACCUUUAGUGAUGAUGAAAUAGCCACUUUCGGCCUCUACGACAAGAAUUCAGGCAAGCUCAUCACCAAAUCUGCACAUCGAGGGGCAGAUUCCAACUGGAUCGUGUUCCCAAUGGUCGAGACAGCCGUUGUGCAAUGGUUUCAAUCCACUGGCGCAAUCCAUGAGGUUCAGGUAAAAGUAGUGACAGCCUCAGCUAAUAACACUGUUCCAAAAGCUCUGAUCUGCAACGCAACGAGUGGGGACUCAGAUGGAGUGUUUAUGGUUAUUUACACCGACGGAAGACAGCUUCAGGAAGCUGACUAUGCACCUUUCUUGAGGAGUCGCCUUCGUCGAGAUAUUGGGAUGAACAAGACGUCUUUCCAGCCAUCUGCCAACAAAACUGAUCUGUGCACCAGACGAGACAUGUACAUAAACACCAAGCAGACUUUCGGGAGCUUCCUCAUCGCUCCACUGUCAUUUAAUGCCUAUAACUGUGUGGGAAAGUGUGACUUGAAUGCUGCUCCGGCCAGUUUCAGCAACCAUGCUAUGGUUCGCUCCCUCGCCGCGGAGCGGAUGGAUGGGGGAGGCAAGGUAGCCCUUCACUGCUGCGUCGCCACAAACUUCAGCACCGAUAUGCUGGGAAUCAUGUACUUUAAGAGAGAUGGUCACGUGAUACUGCGCCAAUACCGAAACAUGGUGGCCACAGAAUGUGGCUGCCGUUAACGUAGAACAUACCCGUGCUUAUCACGUGGACAACUCGGGAGGAUUUGGAACUGGCAGGUGGCCUUUGGAGAAGAGCUGAUUUAUAGAUGUAAUUAUCUCCCUGAUGUUAUUUUGAAAAGAGCAGCUAUUUAGUGCUAGAUAAAGCUCCUUUAGAUUGAAAGCAAAGAAGAAAAAAGUAAUGUUAGUAUGAAUAAUAAAAGGAAAUAGCAAUAAAAAUAAGCAAGUUAUGACGAGUCCAAAGGAAAAAAAAAUAACGCUUACGAUAGACUUGAGAUAUAAUUAAGAAGAGAGAAAAGAAUUGAUGACAACGGACCACAAAUUGUCAGAAUUUGUAACUGAGGCCAGAAUAGCUUUAGUUCUCUCGUUUUAAAUCGUGUUAUUAAAUAAAUAGCGUGUGUUUCACCUUCAAUGAUUAAACUUAU